AUGACGUCGUACCAAAGAGUCAACUUUAUUGUCCAGACAAAAAUGAUGGUCCUCUUACUCGCUAUGGCCCUCGCAAUGGGACACGCUGUGCCAGUCUCCAACACCUCGAACGAAGUUGAAAAGCAUCUCCAAAGAUUUGGUUAUCUGACCAAAAACAACACGGGAAUUGUCAGUAGCAAGACCGAAAACGAAAUCAAGGAAGAAAAGCAUCUCCAAAGAUUUGGUUAUCUGACCAAAAACAACACGGGAAUUGUCAGUAGCAAGACCGAAAACGAAAUCAAGGAAGCCCUUCCAAAAUUGCAGAAAUUUGGUGGAGUCGUGCCAACAAAAGUAGUGGAUGGUCCAACAUUGAAAUCAAUAGAGAGUCGACGUUGUGGUGUGGAUGUGAAUUAUGGAUCAGAUAACAACAAAAAAGUCCGAGAAAAGAGGUUUUCAAUUCAAGCAAAGUGGAAUAAACUUACUCUGACAUGGAGCGUGAAAAAACCGAUUCCUAAAGGACUUAAAUACGACGAAGUAAGGCGAGAGAUGCAGCGAGCACUAAAUGUGUGGGCAAAACAUAGCAAACUUGUGUUUGUAGAAAAAAUAAACACUGACAAAGUCGACAUCGUCAUGUCCUUCAAGAGGAAAGCACACGGUGACCUUGAUUUUGACGGUAAGGGAAACCUAUUGGCACAUACUUUCCUUCCAGCGCAUGGCUCAAACAUCGGCGGCGAUAUCCACUUUGACGCUGACGAGGAUUGGACCGUCAAAAACACGAAAAUCGGUUCAAAAACGCAUCUGUUCUCAACCGCAGUUCACGAAAUCGGCCACUCGCUCGGAUUGGGGCAUACCUCGACAAACGACACCAACGACUCGCUGAUGUUUCUCAUUUACAAGCAGUUACCUACUGAUUACGAAUUGCCACUAUAUGAUAGGAAAAAUAUCCAAAAGCUAUACGGAGCUCCAGACAAUAAUCGAGAGAAAACGUAUUAUCGACCUGCUACCACAACGACGGCGAUACCCAAGCGAAAAUCAAAGCAAAGACAAAUGCAACAUCGAUUUAAAUAUUAUUCACCUGAUUUACUAUCCAAGCACGUGACAAAAAUCCAAAAAACACGUCGAUCCAAUACCAACCGUAAGGAGCCUCGAGGAUGUCAUCUCCGAAAAUACGACGCAGUGAGCCUCUUAAGUGGAUCAUUAUUUAUAUUUUCUGGACCAUAUGUAUGGUUGGUGAGAGAUGUGGAAAACCCUACUUACAACGAGUCAACCAAAAUAGAUGGUUACUUCAAAUUCGAUAAGACAAUCGAUCACGUGGACGCAGUUUAUGAAAGGUCUGAUGGUAACGUGGUGUUUUUUAUUGGUCGCAACUACUACGUCUUUGAUGGGCCCAAUAAUUUAAAGUACUCGAGGCCCCUCACCGAUUUUGGCUUGCCUCGUAAUCUAAAAAAAAUUGACGCUGCCAUGAUAUGGAAACGCGACAAUGGGACUUAUUUCUUUAGCGGCAAAAAUUAUUGGAACAAGACCGAAAACGAAAUCAAGGAAGCCCUUCCAAAAUUGCAGAAAUUUGGUGGAGUCGUGCCAACAAAAGUAGUGGAUGGUCCAACAUUGAAAUCAAUAGAGAGUCGACGUUGUGGUGUGGAUGUGAAUUAUGGAUCAGAUAACAACAAAAAAGUCCGAGAAAAGAGGUUUUCAAUUCAAGCAAAGUGGAAUAAACUUACUCUGACAUGGAGAGGUACGACGUACUUUUUCAAGGGAAGGUACUUUUGGCAGUUCGACGACGCGCGUAGGAAAAUAGUAGACACAAAUCCCAAAUUGUCGGCACAAUACUGGAUGGGCUGUCCCCAAAAUGUGGACCACACUAACUACUCACAUCAUUAA